AUGCCAGAUCACCCACCCGUUCCAGGCUCUGACAUCAGACCUUGGGCCCGACCGGCAGUGCGGGGAUAUCUCUUUCUGAAUGCCAAUAUCGUGGACGUACAAGAAGGCAAUAUUCUGGAAAAUGCUAGCCUCAUCACUCGCGAAGGCAAAAUUCAAUCUGUCUCAUCUUCUUCACCAGAGUCCCCCUUGCCUCCCGAUUUGACCGUGAUCGACUGUGAAGGUCGCUUUUUAUGCCCUGGUCUCUUCGAUGCACACGUUCACCUCUGUGCAGUGCCUGGCUACAAAGAUCUCUCAAAAGCUUUUGGGAACUCCGACCAUUCAUCACUAUUGAGGCAGCCAUUUGUGGCCGCCCAAAUGCUCCACCGAGGCUUCACCAGUGUUCGCGAUUGCGGUGGCGCACAACUUCCUCUUAAAGAGGCAAUCGAUGAUGUAUUCCCAGGACCUCGUUUGUUCAUCUCCGGACAUGCUUUGUCGCAGUUUGGAGGUCAUGGAGACCUUCGAGGACCCCAUGACCAAGCUGAAUGCUGCGGUGGCCUUCACAGCAAUAAUCACCUGGGUCGGCUCUGUAACGGCGUACCUGAAUGCAUGGCAGCCGUCCGAGAAGAGAUCAGAUGUGGUGCUGACUUCAUCAAGAUUAUGGGGUCAGGCGGAGUCGCAUCACCAACGGACAAGCUGGAGCAUUUGCAAUUCACGAAUGCCGAGCUGCAGGCGAUGGUGGAAUGUGCCGAUAAUGCCGGGACUUUUGUUACCGCGCACGCCUACACCGUGAAGGCAAUUAGACACUGUAUCGACAAUGGUGUUAAAGGAAUUGAGCAUGGAAACUUCGUUGAUCCAGCGACUGCAAAGUUGAUGGCGGAAAAGGGUGUAUAUCUCACUCCCACGCUGAUCGCGUAUGCUCAGAUGGCGUCAGACCAAUGGAAGGGCUACUUGCCACCAGAGUCGCAGGAAAAGAACUCCCAAGUUUUUGAGUCAGGCCUUCAUGCAUUGAAAAUUGCCUCUGAAGCGGGCGUCAAGAUGUGCUAUGGCUCCGAUUUACUUGGUCCAUUGGGAUCAGCACAGACACAGGAAUUCGCUCUGCGCUCACAGGUUCUCUCAUCGCUGGAGAUUCUUCGUAGUGCAACUAUAAAUCCGGCCAAGAUGAUGGGCUGGGAAGAAUCCAUUGGUCAAAUCAAAGAUGGAUUCCAAGCGGAUGUCGUUUUUUUAAACAAGAACCCUCUCGACGAUGUUACUGUAUUUGAUCGACCCGAGGAGCAUGUUCUUGGUGUUAUGAAAGAUGGCCGAGUAUGCAAGAGUCGCUGGACCACACUGAAAGAAGACUCUGAAAUUCCUGUUCGCGUCAAGUAUAAUUAA